AUGGAGCCGUCCAACUCCGAUAGCACCACUAUCCGCGUCCCGAAACGCGCCUACCAGGCUUGUAUCCGCUGCCGCCGCCGCAAAGCCCGAUGCAUCCUCGAUGGCCCGGCCGACGGACCCAACGUUACCUGUCUACGAUGCAAAAGAGAGCGCAAGCAUUGCAUUUUUACCGCCGAGCGGUCGCAGGCCCAUCUAACGCCUUCCUCUCAGCCUCCGUCGCAGCCCCAGACGCAGCCCCAGUUGCAAUCGCAGUCCACCUAUCGCAGUAUCGAGGACCCCUUCCGGCCCUCGGCGGCUUCCUCCCCAUUGGGUGGAUUGCCGGAUCGAGUAUCCAAUGCCGUUGUCUCCAAUCAGUCCGAUGCUCUCCGAUUACUCUUUGAGGCGGCGGAGUCGUAUAACGCUCACGACGGGACCGGGCGAUCGACGGGACCGGACGAGAAUAGGGUUGGUGCGGUUGUGGAAGCGCCGCUAGGCCAGUGGCUAUCGCCGACGUAUCAACUUGUGCAGUGCUCCUUGGACUCUCUCCGGGCUUUGGGCAGGCUGAAAUUUGUCCGCAAGCGAUGGUUGACAGCCGAGGAAGUGGCGACGUAUAUCGAGCUGUUCUACAAAAACAUGUGCUCGUUCUCGCCCAUCCUGGAUGGGUUUUAUAGGGAUCCGGCCCAUUUCAACGAGCUCGUAGCCAACGAGCCCGUUCUCUGCACCGUCAUUCUAACCCUCUCUACGCGAUACCACCAUCUUACCGGCAGCGGGUGGCUGUCACGGAACUAUUUUCUGCAUAAUCGGCUCUGGCGGUACUGCCAAUCGCUUCUGCAGAGAGUUAUCUGGGGACAGGAGAAGGGCACUUCCACGUCCAUGCGCGGACUAGGCACGAUCGAGGGGCUCCUUCUCAUGAUAGACUGGCAUGCGCGCUCGCUCCAUAUGCCGCCUGAUAUUGAAGCAUGGGAUUCCGACGACGACAAUAUCCAGGAAACGGAGCUGAACAAAUUCUCCCAGAUCCCAAACCGGUGGCUGGAGGGAGUCGUAGAACCGAUGCGACGGUCCGAUCGCAUGUCCUGGUCCCUUGUACAAGCAGCAGUGGGUAUCGCACAGGAACUCGAGGUCUUUGACGAUACGCAGGACGAAGUGGCCACCGACGACGCGUCAGCGACUUUGAAAGCGUACACGGCGCAGCGCCGGCGUCGACUCCGCAUUCUGCUCUACGUCUACAUGAAUCAACUCGCCUUACGGGUCGGCUACUCCUCUCUGAUCCCGCAAGCACUGCUCUCCAUCAAACCGAACGACCUCAAACUAACACCUACGCAAUGCCAUCCUGACUGGCUGCACCUCAUGUCCCUCCAGGUCGACCUGACCCGGCUGAUGCGCACAUCCGCCGAUCUCCUUUUUCCCUCCAGAGCCGUUACGCGCGAUUUGAGCCAGACUGGCAGCUACCAGCGCAUCCUCGAGCACUUUCAGCCCAUGCUGGAGGGCUGGUGGGAGAAGUACUCUUCAUUCCAAGUGCAAGGUCCAUUCCGAGACCUCCUCGCCAUUGACUUCAUGUACUUGAAGACAUAUGUCUACUCCCUCGCCCUACAGGCAGUGGCAGAGCGUACAAUGAACUCGAAAGUAAUGCAGGGCCUACCGAACGAGCUACUUUUCAUGAUCUCCAAUGUCACCGCCAAGGAUUACGAGUACAUCCAGAACGUGAUCGAUAGCUCCAAGGCCGUGCUCCAAGCCAUCAUCGGCAUGGAGUGGACGGAAAAAUUAAGAUUCUUGCCGGUGCGUGUAUACGUGCGCAUUAUCUCGGCUUGCAUCUUUCUUCUCAAGGCCCUCGCCCUUGGCGUCCCAAUGGAAGAGCUCAACGCCUCGCUCGGCCUAAUCGACCAGGCCGCCGGCGUCUUGCGCCGCAACAUCGUCGACGACUUGCAUCUUGCGGGCGUCUUUGCUUCAUUGCUGGAGACGUACACGAAGGGAUUCCGAGAGCGGUUCAUUAGUAUCCCUGCUCUUGCGAGGGGAGACGGUCGUGUGGGAAUGGGUUCUUUGUCGAGUACGACGGGUGGCGAGGAUCCCCUUGCUGGCCAGGUGCCGUUGGAUGAUGCACUGGGGUUGGAUCAGGAGUGGCUGGCUCAUCCGUUUGAUUCGUCGGUGGCUCCAUUUGGGCUGGGGGUGACGCAGCCGAUAUGUGGGUUUGACGACGAGUUGAAUUUGUUAUGGAAUACCGGUGCGUAA